GAACCUUUUAGCCCCUCCUACUGAGCUCCCGGAAGGAGGGGUGGUAGCUGGUGACCAAGCUCUUUAACAGCUCUAGAACAAUGAGAUCCAGAGCAGCUUCCAGGGACUUCACAGACUCCUGGAGGCCUGUCUAGUCAUGGAACCUGGUUGGACACAGCUGUUACCUGCCAAGCAUGGCUGAGAAAAGUUCCCACUGUUACCUCAGCUUACUAUUCCAGGUGGCUGCGUUGGAGCGGCAGAUCUUUGACUUCCUGGGCUACCAGUGGGCUCCUAUCCUAGCCAACUUCCUGCACAUCAUGGCAGUUAUCCUGGGCAUCUUUGGUACCGUGCAGUACCGUUCCCGGUACCUCAUUCUGUAUGCAGCCUGGCUGGUGCUUUGGGUUGGCUGGAAUGCGUUUAUCAUCUGCUUCUACUUGGAGGUUGGACAGCUGUCCCAGGACCGGGACUUCAUCAUGACCUUCAACACAUCCCUGCACCGCUCCUGGUGGAUGGAGAACGGGCCAGGCUGCCUGGUGACACCUGUCCUGAACUCCCGCCUGGCCCUGGAGGACCACCAUGUCAUCUCGGUCACCGGCUGCCUGCUUGACUACCCCUACAUUGAAGCACUCAGCAGUGCCCUGCAGAUCUUCCUGGCUUUGAUUUCAUCGGCGGUUUUGACUCCUAUGGAUACCAGGCGCCCCAGAAGACGUCGCAUUUACAACUGCAGCCUCUGUACACGGCGGGGUAGUAGCUUCUGCCCCACGACCACCCCCGCGGCUAGACUGACCGCCGCAGCCGCCAGCUCUGGCCAAGAUGGCAGGCGUGCCCCCUGGCGGCUUGCUGACCGGACUGCAGCCUGGGUCGGCUUGACAUGGGUCCGAAGCGGACUUGGACUUGGCGCUUAGCAGCCUGGACUUAAGGGGUGGGGCGGGGGAGGGGGUUCGCGGGGUUUGUAUUUUUUUAAUCUCCACCUUGGCGUGUGCUGGAGCCUCCCGCCCUUCUCCAGCCUCUCCCUUUCACCCUUCUUCACCCAGCAUCCUGUCCCCUGUCCAGAGAGAAAGGGCAGGACAGACAGACUCACCCCCAUCUCACCACAUUCCACCAGCCCUGGGGAAAGUUACCCUGAACUAGAAGCAGGAGUUCUGGGUUCUAAUCGCAGCUCCAUCACUAACUCUCUGUGUGCCAUCUGGCAAAGCCCUUGCCCUCUCUGGGCCUCAGUUUCCCACCUCAAAUAAUUAAAAUAAUCCCCUCGUAAAUGGAGCUCUUUCUAGCCUUUUCAUUUGACUCUCAAUUCCCUGGACUAUACUGGGAUUUUACAUAAUCCCCAUUUUGCAGAUAUGGAAACUGAGGCCCAGAGAUGUAAAGCGAUUUGCUUGAGGCCACACAGCUGGGCUUUUGGUGGCGGCAGGCCUUGAAUAUGAUCUGUAGUUUCAGACUCCAAAACCCAUUUCCAAGCCCCCUUCCAGCUUGGACACUCUAGAACCCAUGUGAUAUACACCACACUCACAUACCACCGCCACCACUUGCUAACUCCUCUCUUAAAGCAAUAUAUUCGUUCUCUUGUUGGGAACAGGAUGGACGGAUCCCAGAGCCCUGAAUUCAGCCUGACCCACAGGGAAGCCUUCUUAGACUCGGCCUCUGUCCACCCUUGGCAAAGCUUUCAAGCUCUCUCUAGCAAAGGGGGGACACGACUCAGUCGCCCCACCCCCUUCCACGUCCCUGAGCCUGCUGCACCCAUGACCCCCCACCCCUUCAGCAACUCUGCCAACCCCUGGUGGCUCCAUCCACCUCACCAGUUGGAAGACCUGUGGUUCCAGAGUGGAAAAGGGCUCAUCUGUGCUGCCUGGUCAACAAUGUUCAAAGAUCACCAGUGUUCGUGAUCACGCCGGUGUCCAGAAACAACCUCUAACAAAUCCAGAAGUUGUUCUGAAGAGGCAGAAUGGGGGUGUGGGUCAUAGUGGGGGCUCUGGAGGGCCAGCACCCUUCCUUAAGAGCAAGUAGAGAUGAGGGCUCAUUCUCCUCGCCUCCCUCCACAGACCCCUCUGAGGACCCUGCAUCCUGUGCGCUGGCUGGUGAAUCUGAGGGCGGGAGGAUCAGGCCUCAGCUUCCAGUUUGUGAAAUAGGAGUGGUCCUGGCUUAGGAAGGAGGGUGGGAGGCACGGGGGAACCAGAUGGAAAUACAGACAGUUGCACACCUGAGCCCAUCCAUGGUGAACUUUCCUUGCUCUCCACCCUCUGAUCUAGCAUUCCCUCCCAUCUAAGGCCAAAAUAUCCUGAACUUGGACCCCACCCCACCAUCCCAUCUGCAGGUCUGUGCCAAAGAGCCAAACCCAGGAGUCCCUCUGGUCACUACAGGGCCCAAGGUCCCAAAUGAUGAGCCUGGUUAGCUAUGGGUACAGCUCAGGAGGGCAACAGUUCCCUUCAGGCCUGGCUGGUGCUCUGCUCCUGGACCAAGUCCUGCCUCUCUAGCCCUCUCUUCUCAGAGCCACCCCCAGCCAGCUGUCAUCUCACCCCCGACCCCCAACCCCCUUUCUACUCAACAACUUGAGCCACUGGUGCUUUUGAAGCCUUUUGUUUUUGUAAGAUGGUUUUUUCAAGGAAACUGAGUUUUCUUCUCACUGGGACCUUGCAAGGCAGGGAGUGUUGCCCUGGUUUCUGUGCAGGUGGGUUGAUUAAAGAUGGUGUUUUCCAACUUCCCUGGUGGUGCAGUGGUUAAGAAUCCGCCUGCCAAUGCGGGGGACACGGGUUCGAGCCCUAGUCCGGGAAGGUCCCACGUGCCACGGAGCAACUAAGGCCGUGUGCCACAACUACUGAGCCUGCGCUCUAGAGCCUGUGAGCCACAACUGCGGAGCCCGCGUGCCACAACUACUGCAGCCCUCGUGCCUAGAGCCUGUGCUCUGCAACAAAGAGAAACCACCACAAUGAGAAGCCCAUGCACCGCAACAGAGUAGCCCUCGCUUGCCGCGACUAGAGAAAGCCCGCGCGCAGCAACGAAGACCCAACA